AUGGUUUCACUUGGGGGAAAAGAAAAGAAAGAAUGCAACCAGGACCCAUCGGUUGCUCCAGAGGCCCUUGUUCAAGGCAUGAAUGUCUGGUGCGAUGCCGCACCGAGCGUAUCGGAGGAUUCCUCUGCCUUGUAUUCAAAAUGCGUGGUAAUCGAUGCAUCCGACAGCCAGAAGGUCGUGCUGCGGGAAAUGGCCAAUCCUGAGAGCGAAUUUACAGCAAAAGCCACUCAGCUAUUUUACUGCAAUGAAAACUAUGAUCCUCUAGCCACUGCAGAUGUUGGAAUGCUUGCCCAUCCAAACGCUGCUUCUGUUCUUGAAAUGCUCAAGACUCGCUACCUGCACGACACAAUUUAUACUUUGGCCGAUCCUUUGCUAGUUUCCAUAAAUCCUUUCUGGGAUUUGGGAUGCUCCACACAAGACACCAUCAAGCAAUACGGCGAUGCGGCCAAUCCAGGUCUUCUUCCUCCGCAUAUCUUUUCAAUCGCCCGAAGAGCUGUAGACAAUAUGAACUCGACAGGGAUAAAUCAAACAAUUCUUGUUUCAGGAGAGUCGGGAGCAGGGAAAACCGAGGCCACGAAACACAUCAUGCGAUAUUUCGCUAGCGCAGCUGGAGACAUCGAAGCGGCAGUCAAGCUCUACUCAGCCCGAGACACGAGAAUAGAAUCAGCAGUGAUGGCGGCAAAUCCAGUCUUGGAGGCAUUUGGAAACGCAAAGACGGCGUUGAAUGACAACUCGAGUCGUUUUGGGAAAUUCGUCCGCCUGCAGCUAGGCAAGGGAGGCGGUAUUGAGCAUGGCCACGUGCAGAGUUUUCUUCUCGAGAAAUCCCGGGUGGUGGUACAGGCCGAGAAUGAACGGUCUUAUCAUAUUUUCUAUCAGCUCAUUAAAGGUGCACCUGAGCCACUAAGAAAGAAAUUAGCACUAAAGACGUGCCAAGAUUAUAAAUUGCUGAACCCUCAUUGCGUCGAUAUUCCAGGCAAGAACGACGCAAAGGAUUUUGUUGAGGUGCUCGCCGGGUUUCAGUCCAUGGGGAUGGAUACAGAGAUCGUGGAAUCUGUUCUUUCUCUCGUGUCUGGAGUUUUGCUUCUCGGCAAUGUCCAGAUUGGACAUGAGGCAAUCGAUGGGCUCCCAGAUGCCGCCGUGAUUUGCAAAGAAGACAGAAAGGAAUUCGAGAAAGCAUGUGAGCUCCUAUUUCUUGACGCUGAGGGAGUGGAGGAGGCCUUGCUGGUGCGUAUGACUGUAGCGGGUUCUCACGAGGUGAAGGGCAGAUGGACGCAGCAUCAAAGUGAAUUGUUGAAGGACUCCUUGUGCAAGGGCGUUUUCGAGCGGCUCUUUGAGUGGCUUGUGCGCCAAGUUAACUUUAAUAUCAGUAAUCCAAAAGGAAUGGAGAGUUUUAUCGGUCUUCUGGAUAUUUUUGGAUUCGAGGUGUUCAAAAACAACUCUUUGGAGCAGCUAUUCAUCAACGUCACGAAUGAACUGCUUCAGGCAACGUUCGUUGAUCUCGUGUUUACACGCGAGUCUGCGCUCUACGAGAGCGAGGGGAUAACUACUGAAGUGCUCUAUUUCGAAUCUCCGCAACCAGUCAUCAGCUUACUGUGUGCAAAGAAGAACUCAGUGCUCAGUCUGCUAGAGGACAGCUGCCUUAGUCCCGGGAGCACGGACGCAAAGUUAACGACAGCAGUCAAAGCACAGAUCAAAAAAGCAAGAAACCGCGGGUCAGAAAAACCAGGAUCCGACUUGGACUUCACCAUUUGUCACUGCAUUGGAAACAUCACUUAUUGCACCGAAGGCUUCAUUGCAAAGAAUAAGGAUCAGCUGCGGGCAGAGUUCGCGGAGCUGCUUAGCGCCUCUACCAACCUCGUGGCAUCGCAACUUUACGAUGGAGUAGAAGUCGUUCGUGGGAAGCUUAUGAAAGGCCAGCUGAUUGGCUCGCAGUUCCUUGUUCAGCUGCAAAACCUAAUAUCCAUCAUUGAAGAAACAGAGCCACACUUCAUUCGCUGUGUAAAACCAAACGACGAGAAAUUGCCCAAGCACUUCAACGCACGGAAGAUCCUCCCGCAGCUCCGCGCACUCUCCAUUUUGGAAGCCAUACAGCUGCGCAGUGUAGGCUAUUCAUACAGGCGGCCUUUUGCCGACUUUGUGCGUCAGUACCGCUUCGUCAACCUUUCCGCAAUGGACACUAUGCACAAAGAUUCGCGUCAGGCGUCACUGGAUGUUCUGAGCGCCACCGGACUGAAAGACACUGCUGAUUACCGCAUAGGAAAGACAAUGGUCUUCUUGACACGCGAUGCACAUCAACGCAUCAUGGCUUUACAGAGAGGUCAUCUAGCACAUAUGCGGCCGUUGGUAAGAACUCUUGAGGCAAUUUGUAAGAGGAGGACACUCAGGAGAAAUCUCGCAACGCAUAUACACACCAUUAUUAGACUGCAAGCUCAUGUACGCCGUCAGAUUCUCCUGCUCGAGAUGCGCGGAUACAGUCAAAUACCACCAAAGAGCUUGCCCAGCCGAACGCCUACCAUGGCAUAA